AUGCGCCGUAGCCACGAGCGCGAUGACGCGCUAAUGCACACGGUGGACUACAGGUCUGGGCUGGAGACGAUCAUCGAGGAGCCGGAGCCCGUUCGUUUGCGUCCGCUGGCCUCUCGUUGCGAAGAAGACCCGGACAAUGAGUGUCGUCGUUCGAGCUAG